UUCGUAAACUUCUCAACCACCAAGGUGGAGAAAUUAAAAUUACGGAGCCAGCCACCACCCAGCAGAGUAGAAGAAGAAUAUCUUAAGAUAUAACAUGGAUGUUCGUUUCAGAAGACCUACCACCACCAGAGAAUUGAGAGAAAACAGCAGCAGUAGCAGCACAGACGGAGCCAAAGUUAUGCAGCAGCCAAGAGCCAUAAAAAACCUUCAAGUUGUCUACUAUCUCUCAAGAAAUGGCCAUCUCGAGCAUCCCCAUUACAUGGAAAUCACCCACUUCGCCAAUCACCCGCUUCGUUUGAGAGAUGUAAUGGAUCGGCUGACUGCUCUUAGAGGCAAAGGCAUGCCCGCACUGUACUCUUGGUCUUGCAAAAGGAGCUACAAAAAUGGUUAUGUGUGGAACGAUUUAGCCGAAAACGAUAUAAUUUAUCCAGCAGAAGGAGCUGAGUAUGUACUCAAGGGAUCAGAGCUACUUGAAGGCUGCUCUGCAGAAAGAUUAGAUCAACUUCAAAUGAGAAGCAACCAACAGAUGAUGCAGCAGCAAGACUCAAACUUUGGGUCCAAAAGGAGAUCUCCACUCGCUCCGACUCGAAGCAGAGGACAUGAUCAUCAUCAUCGAGAAGUAGACAAGUAUCGGGAGGAGGACGGUCAAGACCAAGACUCUGAGGACGAACAAGAAGAACAAGAACUGGUGGACUAUGAGGAUGAGAAAACAAGCUACACCAGCUCCACCACCCCCCAUUCUCGCUGCUCCAGAGGGGUCUCCACAGACGAACUCGAAGACCCUCCACAAACCCGCAAAAGCCCGACUGUGUCAACUCACCCCGAGUCAUCACCGCCUCCUCCUCCAACUCCAACCCCAUCAGUUAAUAAUAUAGCAUCAAAUCAGCCCAGCCAGCGCACCAAUCUGUCCACAUGGUUCGAGGACGGCGACCCAGUUGUGGUUUCGGAUUCCAAGUCCUCAGCACUGCAGAGCAAGAACUCUGUUUUGCUUCAGCUCAUAGCUUGCGGGAGCUCAGCAGUAGCCAAGGCAAAAAAUGCCCCAUGUGUGAGUCUGAAGCAACGCACAACAGCGACAGAUCAUGUGAAGAAGAGCAGCGAGAGCUUUCGGAAAGAGGUUGUGUAUAAGGCUGCAGUGAAGGUGGCGGUGGCCGCGGAGGAGGACAUGAUUAGAUGCAUGUCUGAGAAUCCAAGGUUUGGGAAUUUACAGGCAGAGGAGAAAGAGUAUUUUAGUGGGAGUAUUGUGGACGACAUGAAAGACCAAGAUCGAGUUUUGGCUGAACCUAUGCCUGGGCUUAAAAGAUCAAAUUCCUACAACGAACAAAGGAGCACCAAGGCUGGGUUUGUUUCAGAAACUGUAGAGGAAGAGAAGAAAGAGAAAGCAGCGGUGAAAGGAAAGUGCAUUCCUCGUAAACUAUAUUCUUCUGCUGCAUCAAAACAAAGCAAAAAAUGAUUGUUAAGCCCUAUAAUUUGUAUGGCCCAACAAAUAUGUAAUUACCAGCACUGGUCAGGGGUUUUACUUUUACUUUCGCUUCCUAUAGUUAUGAAGAAUUAUGGCAACUGUUGGGUGGAAAGUAAAAGCUGUUGGGAAAAAGCUGUUGGGAAAGGUAAAAUCUUUCCUUCCAAUUAAUUUGAAAACGACGGGUGCUGUGGUUCCCCCUGCGACUCUCCGUAUC